AGAGGCCAUUCUUACGGGGUAGUUGUCUUAUAAAGGCAGGAAAGGAAGAGUCACUCCCACAGUACAAAACUAGCUGCAGAAAAAGGCAGUGUUCAUCAACUGACAACACAGAGGAGUGUUGACAGACUUCUCAGCCAGUGGCAUUGCAACUGUAUGUGAUCUUUACUUUGAAGAGGAUCCUCGAGCACAGGGCACGGAACCAGUUUUACAACCAGGACACCCACUGAGGCAAACAGGCUGACAUGGAAAAUGGGGAACAGCCCCUUGGCCAGUAUUUUGUACAUCGGCCGGUUCUGGAUGAAUUAUGUCUGGAUGAACUGGCACAAAAAGGAACGUGGUCCACGAAGCCAUCCUUCAGUGAACGCGUGAAAGACUCCCUGAGGUGCUCAGUGCCCCGGGCAAAGGAAGUCGUGUUGAGCUGGGUGCCUGUUCUUGGCUGGCUUCCUAAGUACUCCAUCAGAGAAAAUGCAGUUGGUGACCUGGUCUCUGGCUGCAGUGUGGGCAUCAUGCAUCUACCACAGGGAAUGGCAUAUGCUCUUCUGGCUUCUUUGCGGCCAGUGUUUGGCCUGUACACCUCCCUCUACCCGGUGCUUGUCUACUUCAUCUUUGGCACUUCCAAACAUAUCUCCAUUGGUACUUUUGCAGUGAUCAGCAUCAUGAUCGGGAGUGUGACAGAGCGGCUGGCACCAGACAGUAACUUUAUCGUUAAUGGUACCAAUGGCACAGCACACGUGAAUAACGAUGAACGAGAUGCGUACAGAGUACAAAUAGCCUGCACUCUCACAGUGCUGGCAGGGCUUUUCCAGAUCCUGUUGGGUGUGGUGAGGUUUGGUUUUGUGGUCACCUACUUGUCUGAGCCACUGGUCCGCGGCUAUACCACAGGGUCAGCGUGCCACGUGUUAAACUCUCAGCUGAAAUAUUUGUUUGGAGUUACUCCAGCUCGCUUCUCUGGCCCCCUCUCUCUCAUUUAUACUUUGCUGGAAAUAUGCCGUUUGCUACCUCAGACGGUUGUGCCAGAGCUUGUGGUCAGUCUGGUGUCGCUCACUCUUCUCAUUGUGGUCAAAGAGAUCAAUGCCUACUACAGGCAGAAACUGCCCCUGCCUAUCCCCAUAGAACUCAUAGUGAUCAUAAUAGCAACAAUCAUCACUCACUUUUGUGGCCUUUCUGCCAAAUACAACAUUGAUGUUGUUGGCGAGAUUCCGAGUGGGCUUAAGGCGCCCCGUGCUCCAGACGUGACACUCUUCUCUGCGGUGAUAGGUGACGCUUUUGCUGUGGCCAUUGUGGGCUACGCUAUCAGUAUUUCACUUGGCAAAACAUUUGCUCUCAAAUAUGGCUACAAGGUGGAUAGCAACCAGGAGCUGGUUGCUCUCGGCCUUAGCAACACCGUUGGGGGCUGUUUUCAGUGUUAUUCCGUGACUUCUUCUAUGUCCCGAAGUCUCGUCCAGGAGAGUACCGGGGGAAAAACUCAAGUUGCAGGAUUGAUUUCGUCCGUCAUCGUUCUCGUAACAGUUUUAAAAAUAGGAUCUCUUUUUGAGGACCUACCCAAGGCUGUCUUAUCCACAAUAGUGUUUGUGAACUUGAAAGGAAUGUUCAAGCAGUUCAUGGAUGUGCCCAUUCUGUGGAGAACCAACAGGGCUGAUUUGCUUGUAUGGCUGGUAACGUUCGUAAGCACUAUUCUACUCAACUUGGACCUUGGUUUGGCUGUCUCCAUUGGCUUUUCUAUACUAACCAUCAUCUUCAGAACACAGUUGCCACACUAUUCAAUCCUGGGCCACUUGCCGGGCACGGACUUAUAUCUGGACAUAGACACAUACAAAGAGGCUAAAGAGAUUCCAGGCAUUAAAAUCUUUCGUUCUUCUGCAACCAUCUACUACACCAAUGCUGAGAUGUACUUAGAGGCCUUGCAGGAGAAGAGUGGGAUUCAAAUUGGGAAGCUGUUGGCAGCGAAGAAGAAACAUGAAACACUGAAACAACAGGAGAAAAAGAAAGCUUCAACUGAGACAAAGCAAAAUGAUAUGGACGGUACCCUACCAAGUGACACGUUUUCUUUAAAAGAGAAAGAAGGGGAACAUGUUCCUGCAGAACUGGAAGGGCAUAAACCUCCAGUCAAUGGGAUUUGUAACGGCCAAGUAAACUGGGCUUACCAAUCCGACAUGACUUCAAACUCAGAUUACAGGGUAUUCCAUUAUGAUGACAACGGCACACAGGUUUCGAAAGAUAGCGAAGAGGAUAGAGGACUCGCCUAUGGAUGCGGGACCCACAGUAUCAUCUUGGACAUCUCGACAACCAGCUUUGUGGACACAGUUGCUGUGAAGACCUUGAAAAAUAUCUUCAAGGACUUAAAAGAAAUUGAUGUGGAAGUCUAUCUAGCUGGCUGUCAAGUCUGUGUGGUGGAGCAGCUUGAAAGGGCAGGUUUUUUCUCAGAGUCCAUCCAAAAGAGCAGGCUGUUUGUUACUAUUCAUGAUGCAGUGCUCCACGUUCUCACGAAACUGGGACAGACGGACGCCCUCCUUGAUGUUUUCUGCAACACUCAGAUGUGACCAGCAGAGGGGAGCAUGUUCCAACUUCAUCUUCCAUCUUGUUUCUUCCUCUUGAUGGGAGUUCCAUUGCUCACUAUUGGUCACCAGUCUGCUCCUCCUACAGAGUCCACCACAUUAACAUGGUGGCUCAGUUGCCAUGGAAAUACACGGAGCCGUUGCUCUGACAACAGGCUUUUGUUACAUGGACUAAUGACAUAGUCAGCUAUACAUCAGUGGAUCUCUCACACUCCGGGACUCAAAACGGGGGUUUGAGUGGGAGAAUGUAUCACAGGACAAAUAGUCUGUAUUUAUCGACGGUAUUGUAGGCUAGAGAGGGAAAAUUAAAAUGCGAAUGGUACUAGCCACAAUGUGUACACGUGUAGUUUUGUGAGACGACUAAUCCCUAAAAUGCAAGUAUUUGUUAAUAUAACUGGGCCAUAACAUCGUCAAGAUGGUUUCUGCUGGCUCCAAAGGCUCCGGUGUCACACACAGUGCAGAACAGCACAACGUAGUAGAAAUUAAAUUAGAUUGCAAUAUAUUGGCAUAUAUGUUGAUUUUUCUUAAAACUAAUGUUAAAAACUUGUCUCGGCUCAUUCUCAUAGAACCAAUCUCGUGUAUCGUCUCGUCUCGUGACACCUCUAAUGUACAGUAUUCAUCAUUUAGUUCAUACUAUGUGAUUGACUGUUUACAGUGGCCCCAGGGCUCCAGACUACCUGUUUUUUACUAGGAGCACAGUGGCCCCUAACUUAACAUUUUAGCAGCGCAAGUAGAAAAUGUGACUAGCAAAAGUAAAUAUUCACAUUUCCUCUCAUUUUCACUGUAUGACUGAUAAAUACUAGAACAAUAAAUAACCACCGUUUUUGUCCCUAUCUUCUGGAAGGACUCUUUGAUGGCAUAAUCCUCAAAAUGAAAUCACAUCUUAUGACUGAAAUUACUCUUCAAUAUUUACUGUAGACCACACACCCACACACACCUGAUCAAAAUCUUAAGACCAGUACAAUGCAGUACAAUGCUAUAGCUAUUCGUGUAAGCACUUAAGCUUGGGUUAUUAUCACAAAAACCAUGGCCAUUGCUAGAUAUCAGCUCUUUAACUCUUAUAAGCUUUAUUUGUCCAACAAACGGACCUUUAGUUGUACCAGGCAUUAAAAUGGAAUGGAUCAAUAAACUGAAGAAACAAGGGUGGUCUAAUAUUUUUUCCAUGACUGUAUUAAACAUACACACAUUAAAAGUUACAUUCAAUUAAAAGUUAAAAGUUCAAAUAAAAGUUAAAAGUUUUAAGAUGGUCUGUCUCUCGUCCAUUGUUAAUUCAAAUUUUUCUUGCCAUUUUUGUCUUCGAAAACUCACCGUACUCCGUCAACUGUUCAAAUGGCCUAUUAAAGCUUUUUAACGGUCUGCAAUAGUGCUAGCUGCAGGUGACUGGCUUUUGUGAUCGCGUUAAAAGGCAUUUAGCGGCAUAUGCCAAUCACGUGAUUUUUCACGGAAAUCGGCUCCCUUAUUUGUUCAUAUAACGUACACAGAACGAUGAAUAAUCCCGUGCCUGCCUCCUUUGUGUCAGACCAGGAUCAAUUAAGCACUGCAUGUGAUGAAUCAUUCAAGCGCAGUGGUAACGUUGAGUGUUAGGCAUAGGUUUUGAGAUAUCAAGCAAUCAGGUGAGAGAAAAGGAGAGAAAAGUUCUGCUGGCCCUGCCCUGUGAGGUGAAUCAGAAACCUGGUUGGUUAAAGAAACAGCCCCAUUGACAUGGCAACACAUGGAAGCUGAAAUCGAUGGGACAAAACAUUCCUAACAUACCCAUACACGUACUGGAGGCAGUCCCAUUUUUACAAAAUAAAAUGGGAAUAAAUAAAAUUUCAUGCAACAAAUACUAGAAUUUUAGUAGUUGUAGGGCAGUGCUUCUGAUAGUUGAUAGUAUUUGUAGUAGUAUUUGUAGUUUUUGCCCUGACCGCCCACUACUUGAGUUAUACAGCUUUGUCCGAUGCCGCAAAAGAUGUAAACAUUCUCAUUCAUCGAUGUUUCC